GCCAAGCCUCGCCGCAGCCGCAAACAGCAAGCUGACGGCAGUCGCAAUUCAUUCAAAAACGAUACUUUUACCGAAAUUCGAAGCAUCGGAAGGAAAGGUUAGCCUUUCAAGGCUUUCGUAACUGUUUGUGGGAUUCAACGAUUUAAUAGGAACUCUUGAAAUGAAAAUCUGGACGUCAGAACACACGUUCAACCAUCCAUGGGAGACUGUUGCCCAGGCUGCAUGGCGGAAGUACCCUAAUCCAAUGAACCCUGCUGUGGUUGGCAUUGAUGUUGUAGACCGAAAGGUCCACAAUGGUGUCCUCAAAAGUCACCGGCUCAUCAGCACAGCGUGGGGAUUUCCUGCGUGGGCACAAAGGAUACUGGGUGCUGAUCGAACCUGCUAUGCUAGCGAGCACUCUGUGGUGGAUCCUGCACGACGUACCAUGACUAUGCUGUCAAGAAAUCUGACCUUCUGUAAUGAGAUUUCCAUUGUGGAGAAACUUACUUACACAGAACACCCUCAGCAAAAGGGCAGCACGUUGAUGACACAGGAAGCAGUCAUCACAAUCAGAGGAGUGCCUUUGAGCAGCUACUUGGAGGACUUUGUAGCCAAAGCUAUCUCUUCAAAUGCUGGGAAGGGACGUUUAGCUAUGGAAUGGGUUAUAGGUCGUAUGAGCCAAGAGGUACAAGAACUGACAAGCCGGACUGUGAAGAGUGUUGAUGGAAUCAUCACAUCAGCUGCCAAGAAAAGUAUGGAUGACUUGAGCCACUUGACUGCAUCAGAGCCACAUUACCAUUUCAAGAACUGACAUUGGGCCUUAGCUAACUGUAUGUUUUUAAAAGGAAGGAGCAAGACACCAGAUUAGGAAACUUAACCAAUUGAGGGCAACUGGCUGAACAGCCAUUUGUUCUAUUUUUGUCAGUGUGGGUGUGAUGAUGGAAGAACUCAUCUCGAAAAGUUAGAUGUUUUUAGGUUUACACUGUUUGUCAAGGUUUUUGACCAAUUUCUAUCUUGGUGUGCCCACGCAAAGGUUGUGCAUUUGUCAUACACGUACAAUGUUCCUGACGUGUGUCACAUUCAAGGAAACACAUUGCGCACAUGUACAGCUGUGUUACAUUUUGGCAGGAACUGUUUUGUUGCUGUUAAAAUGGCAGUGCAGACUGCUUUGCUAGCAUUAGUGCAUGUAGUUCAGUGCAUUUUUGUAGCUCUACUCAGUGUCUAUUUAUAUCUGUGGAUUUGCAACAGCGACUCUUCUUUUGAAUCAUCUGGGAGUUGAAGGAUGCUGUUUUAAACAGUCCUCACAUUUUUAUUGCUUUAUUUUUUUAGCAACUUAGUCCAAUAAGAUUCAAGUUUCUCUCAAUCUGACUUUCAGCCAGUAAUUAUUAUUUGGCUGAAAGGUGGUUUCUUGGAAUUUGAAGUUUGAAAUUUUGAUUAAAGGUUGCUCAUAAAGAGAAUCAGGCUUGAAACAAUUGGUAUAUACCUUUACUGUAACAGCACAGUUGUAGCCUCAGGAAUAGUUUCACUAUAUCAAAUUGAUUAGAAACGCACUGGUCUUUUGCCUGUACUGUAAUGUAUGCUUUGUGUGUGUGCUGUACCAGCUUCAUGUUAUUUAAUGUUUGUGAACAUAGACAUUUAGUUUGAUUAUGUAGUAGAAUACACAUUUUCUCCGCACAAUUUUUUGGUUUUCACUUGGAAAACCAGUUCGCGUAUGUAAACCUUAGCAGUCCACUUACUUGUGCAAUAUUUAUGCACUAGAAAUCCUGGUAUGUUUUUCUGCCAUUUGCAGAAAUACUGCUGUUCAUGCAUAUUGCAUUUUUGUAAGUACCUUCAGGUAAUGCAUGCUGCCACAUAUUAUGUGAAUAUGCUCAUACCUGUGAACUGUGCUUCUUGUGGCAAAUCAUUUAAUUUUGCACAUUGGUUUGGGUCGUGUACUAGUCUUUUCAUUUUUUUAUAUAGUAUGAUCUGCAGUUCUAAAGCCUUCUUGUAACAUCAAUAUUAUUGUUUUCAGUACUGAAGAAACUUUCCUUACUUACAAAAUUAGUUACUAGCCUCUUUUCCUUCAAUGUAUGCUUGUUAUCAUGAGAAAACAAUCGUGUUAUAUACAAGUGGGCUUAAAUAUUUUCCUUAGCUGUAUACGAUAGCUUUCCAUUAAAAGUGUAGACAAGUUUGAUGGGUGGAUAGCUUGAAUAUUGGAAGUUUUUGAACUCUUGCCUCUUGAACUCUUGCAUCUGACUCACAUUCGACUAUUUGGGGAUUCAGAACAUCCUUUACCAUGUCACAGGCCUGCAGAAGCGAAGUAGUACGUCUGCAGCUUGAUAGUUCUUGUCUGUCUAAGACCUGUGUUGUAAAGAGUCUCAUAAUGCAGGAUUUACAUGCCACAGGUUGCAUUCUGUCCACAAGAUUUAGUAAAAAUCGCAAAAAGUCUCUGUGGAGAGCAUGUAGCCAAGUAGCGGCAGCAAAAUUUGUGGACGCAGUUAUGCUGUCAGUCAGAAAAUGUGCCAGAGUGUUAUGUUCAAGCAGUUUUUACGGGUGAGAAGCUUUUGUAAAAGCCUAGGCAUGCAAAUACAGAGCCUCACUUUUAGCCAGAAAUCCAGGGAAAGGUGUGCAGGCAUAAGAAUUCAAUUUGUUGCAAUUGAAGACACAAGUGCGACUGCCACUUUGACUAGGUCUUUCAAAUGUGAUUAAGUCGUCCAGCGCACAACUUCACUCUUGUCAGCUGUUGGAUUGUGUAUACAUUUCUCGUUCGUACCUGUCGAUUGUGUGGCCUAACGCUUUUAUCAUUUCGCUCCUGCAAAGUUGUCAGUCUUGGAGCGUAGUUUCUAGUAUUUUGGUUCCUUGGUGCUGACGUGUUCGUGUGGGGCAUGUGUUGCUGCUGUGUAAAGUUGCGUCCAGUGUCUUGACAUUGGUUGCUUGAACAGCCUUGAAUUGUACCUUAGCAUAAGUAAUGUGGGAUCAGCCAGUACCUUGAGAUUCUUCCACUCUUGCUUUAGCAUACUAGAUAUAGGAUACGAAGAGUGUGCGUGCGGGCAUUUGCUCUGGGAACAAAAUAAACAGGCUAUUUUUAUAAUGACCUGAACUUUUCAACAUUUGGUGCGAACUGCUCCUCGAUAUGUACUAUAUGUGAGAGCAGCCAUGUACUGUACAAUAUUUAGUUAUCCGGAUUAGGCCUUUGUCCACCAAAGGCACGUUUAAAAAAGCAAGUUAAAUGCUGUAAACGAUUUGGCAUAAAUAAAAUGGGAACAUUAUCA